GGCACGCCUCUUCGGGAAGCCGCGGCUCAGGGGAACGAAGACGUGGUGCAUCUGCUCCUUGCUAGGGGGGCCGAUCCGAACCUUGCAGGGACGUACCGUGGCAGUCCCUUGAGUCAGGCUGCCAGCAAUGGGCAUGUGGCCAUUGUGCGGACUUUAUUGCGACUUGGUGCCGACGUCGACUACUCUAUUCAUUAUACCCCCUUAUUCCUCGCGGCAUCCAGGGGUCAUAAGGCACUGACCAGUCUGCUCCUUGACUGGGGUGCAGAAGCUGACAUUAGGAGCGAGUCGACCGGCCGCACGGCGCUGCUCUCCGCAGCGGAACACGGACACACCGCUGUGAUCCAGCUUUUGCUGGACCACGGCGCCUCACAGAUCCCCAGGGAUAUCAAUGCGGACAUGGGUUCAUGUUUCGGAAGACCCCCAGCCGCGGGCGUGCUGCCCGGCCACUUCACUCCACUGUGGCUCGCAGCAGCCGGAGGCCAUUCCGAAGCCGCCAGGGUGUUGCUGCAGCAUGGGGCAGAUGCAGACUUCGAGGGCGGCGAGAAGGACGGCUCGGAUCGGUGCGUCUUGGCCGCCGCGAUCGAGUCGGCAAGCUUGCAAAUGGUGCGGGAGCUUUUGAUGAAAGGUGCAGAUCCGAACCGAGGCGAG